AUGUCCAAACAACUAUCUGCGACCCUCGACACAACCCUAACCCUCAUCGGCCAAUUCCAAACAGCCCUCACCACGCUCCCAACAGCCGCAACCGAGGACGCAAAAGAUGCCGAAGCCCUGCCCCUCCUAACGGCCUCCUCGAGCGCGCUCAAAGCACACGUCACGAAACUCUCCCUGCUGGCCAUUACCUCGCCCUUCACACAUUCUGCUGUCAGCACCGUGCUCCGCGAGCUCAAUGAAUCCGUGCUGCCGUCGCUCGUGACCGCUUCCCUUCUCGUUACACCGGCGCAAUACACCAAGGCGUUUCACUCCGAGGUCUUGCUUCUUGUCAAGACGGCUUUGACGGAGCUUUCGGCGCUAGUUCGGGAGGUCAAGCUCGUUGGAGAGAAGAAAGAUCAAGAGAAGAAGGAUACAGGGAAGGAGAGCGGUGUGACGAAAUCCGAGAAGGAUGCUGUGAUGCUUGCUACGGGCCGUGUCUGGGAUGCGUGUGAUGCUACAACCGAUGUUGCGAAUAAGGGGGUUGUCGGAUUUGUCAUGCGCCGCGUUGAGCAGUGGAGGGAUCUGGUUCGCGACGCGGUUGAAGAAAUCGAGGACUGGGAUCCGGAAGAAGAAGACGAUGGUUUCUUCGAUGAUGUUCUCAGUGAUGAUGGGAAGGGUGGAGAUGAUGAUGAGGGCGAGGACGAUGACGAAGAUGACGGAGAGGAGACGGCUGCCCUCCAGAAACACAAGAAAUCUACCCUUCGUUUCCUCAAGCCUAUUGCUCAGGCCUACCCAGCUAUCAUCAACAACCGGCUGAAGAAUGCCGGGAAUGCGCCGUUGGCUUCUUCGUCUGGUGUUAAGAAGCUGGAGUCCUUGAUGCUGAAUCUACAAGCUAUCCCGGACGAUGUCGACGAGGCAGCUGGCGCGUUGUACGAGGCCAAUUUUGAAACCUCUGCUCAGUAUCUGCGGAAAACGAGGAAGUGUGCCACACAAGCGGUGGAGUUGGUCGCGUCACCCUGGGGCGCUGCAAAUGUUAAGGAUGAUGCACCUGCCGACAAGUUCGCUACAUGGUCGAAGACGUGGCUCAAGGUGAUUGACGAGGUCAGCAAGUCAAUCGAAGAAAACUGA